UUAGGGAAAUUGUUAAUCAAGACACCAUGGCACAGCACCAAGAACUUAAUAGGAAAAGGAGGUAGUGCUCAUAAGAAUAUGGCAGAUGUUCCACCUGCACUCACCCUAGAACUUCCCAAGAAAAGUGAUCUUCCUAACACAUUUAAACCUUGGAGUGAAGUCCAUCUUCCAAUUGACAUUCUUUUGUUGACAGUUGAUGACUGCGAGUUCUUAGCCUGUUUUGCAUGCCUGAAAAAUGCCUUUAAAAGCUACCUCAAGAACCUUGGAUAUGUGUACUUUGGGAACAUGGGUGAAAAUGGAGAUGUGCCCCUAAAAGUUGCUUUGAUAAAAUGUUCUGAAGGUUCUUCUGCUCCAGAUGGCUCGCUGGUCACUGUUAAGAAUGCCGUAGUGGAACUGAGACCCAAAGCUGUUUUCUCUGUUGGCUGCUGCGGUGGGUUGAACCCAGAAGUCACCAAGUUACAGCUAGGUGACGUGGUUGUUUCCUCUAGGCUUUUAACUGAAGCCUUCAAAACCCCAGUGAGUAGAGAUAUCUUGCACCUUGUCAGGCAUGCAGAUUAUGGCUGGAUUCCUCCAUUAAAAUGUCCAGAAGAUCAUAAAGUUCAGGUCUGCUGUGAUGGGGAGAUUUUAAGUGGCGUGAACCCAGUCAGUGCUAAACAGCAAAACAUGUCUUAUUUUACUCAAGCUACUGCAGUUGAAAUCGGUGGUGAAGGUAAGACAUUAAGAAAAAGAAGUCAUUUAUCAGGGAAUAAAUUUUAUUCCGUGAUAAAUGACUUCUUUUCUCUCUUGUUUUGUUUUCUUACAAGAGGCAUGGUGGCCUAGUGGUGAAUAUUGCAAACUUCACAGGGGUAAAGCAUGACCAUUUUGACAAGUACGCACACAGGUCUAUAUGUUUUUAAAAACGUCGUACAAAGUAACGUUUUUGCUUUCCUUUAAUACAUAAUUGGCAGUUUACAGACUUGUUUACAAUAGAACAUGAUAUCAAAAAAGCUUUUAAAACGUUCUUUUUGAGCUGGUACAGGAAUGAUGUUAACCAGAAGAAGGAGGCGCCUUUUUGUGGGCAGAAAUUUUAUAAUCAAGUUUAAAAGCAUCAGUUCGAAGAAUUGUGGCAAUGUGCAUGUUCAUGUAAAUUUUCCGCAUGCUUUCCUUUGCUGACUUUUAUGUUUUUCUCUUUAAUUCCCUUAUUUCAAUCAUGAGCACGGGAAAGGAACACACAAUAAGUGAUAGUCAGCAUUUAUAUAUUUUCAGUUGUACUGAAUAUCUGUAAAGUUUGUCAUUGAAAACAUACUACAUAUGUUCGCUAGGAGUGAACUUCCUGCAAAAUUCUUCUUGAUACUGGGCCAAGUAGAAAAUGUGUACCUAAUAGUUUGAUUCAGCUUACGUAGAUUAUUGUCGACAUGGUGUGGUCCAUGAUUUUCCAGUUGAGGGACAUUAAAGUAGUCUUUGAUGAUAGACUUUUUCGACUUUUAUGGAGAGGGAGAGAAACUAAAAAAUAAAAACCUUUUGAAUGCAAAAACGUUCCAGAUAAAUCUUAAAAGGAAUGACGAUCAGUCAGGGUCAAUUCUUUUCCAAUUUUCAUGAAUACGCGGCGUAUUGUACGGGAUCCUGGUCCUCUUCUGAAACGGUUGUAUUUUAUUUGCAAAAACAAUGCUGACUAACAGCGAGACAGGCAGCAACAAAUCUGCACAAUUUAAAGUCAAGUCGCAACACUACAAAUGUCUUUACUUAUAACAGAAAAUCUUCUCUUAAUUUCUCAAGUACACACGUUUGCAUUUGCGUUAAGCACGCUACGCCCCUGCUUCAGAUCUGGAGGUCCAGGUUUGGGGUCUUGCUGUUGUGCUGUUUUUAUUAUUGUAAAACAAACUUUGCUUCACUUUGUCCCUGACCUUCACCAAUUAAGGUGUAUAAAGAGGCGCUGGUUAUUACUUCUUGUGAUCCUGUUUUCAGUCUGAUCCGUUGAGAUCAGUUCUAGGUUUGGACAAUGAUGUUUAUGUGACCGAGCCGCGCGAGUAGGGGAGGUAGCGAAUGACAACCAAUGAAAGACAAAAUGCGUAUAAAACAAACAAGAAUUUAAUGGCCAAUUAGUGGGAAAGAAAUACAAUAAAAAACAAAUACUAGGAAAACCAAUAAAGCAACAAAAAGGGAAAGAAAAGGGGCGAUGAAAAGGGCAAUAGCGCCACUCCAGCGAGGGGAGAACUCUACAAAACUAUGUCCUACGGCUUGACUAGUGAACGCGGCAACUGGAACUGUAGUAAUGCGUAGAAACGCUACGUGCAGGCGUAUUUAUAUCGCGCGGAACACAAACAGCUCGCAUCCUGUUAUUAGCAAUACAAUUGGACAGCUAUAGCUAGGUAAGCCACAAAACAGUGAAAUCUUCCUUUUGGCAAUACGCCUGUUUGCGAAACACUAUUAUUGCUUUACCGCAGAAUACAUACGUGUUCUGUUAAUACAAUAGGAGGAAACAAAUGGAGAGUUUCGCGGUUAACUACAGCAAUGGCGGCAAAUUAAAGCGAGUUAAAAUCAAUUAAUUUCUUUCCUGUUUAUGGGUGUAAAGGCGGAGAAAUCACAGAGCUAGAUAAAACACGGCUAACCACAAAGCACAACUAAAGAAACGCGUACCGUGGGAAAACGAUAAACGGAACCGCAAAAAUAAUACCGAAAAGAAAAUGCUUUGUGAGCUAAUUAUCGAGCUCGGUUACAUUUCUCCCCUGCUUAGGUCGUCGUCCUCGACAGAACACAACAAUGCUUAUUUAAACUAACAAACUCGUUUUACCAAAGGCUAUAUGCUAAGAACCAAAAUAACAAAAUGAAAUAUACUGGAAAGUCUUUAACAGUCAAUGUCACUGAGUUAUUUACUGCUGAUCUUGGGGCUCCAUGAGGAUUAGAAUGCUGUCCUGCUGUCGUCCGGGUUGAGCGUCUCAGGGUCGUCUCUUCAGGGGGCUCUGGGGCUGGGUGUUCCACAUGAACUGGUUCUUCGGGGGCCUCUGCAACUGGAACGGCAGGUUCAACAAUCUCAGAUUCAACAACCUCAGGUUCUGCAUAGGGCGCUUGAUCUCCUGGGGUCACUUCAAUGGGCAUUUCUGGAACUGGGGGCUCACUGGUUUCUGAUUCUUCCGGGGGGUUCACAGGCUCACAGGGUUCUGGAGGUGCUGUGUUCAAUACAGGAUGGGGGCGUCUUCUCAUCACGAUUAUCUCUUCUUCAUCAUCUUGGGGUUCAGUGGGCACUCUGUUAUGUCUCACCCUUGGGGGAAUCAAAUCUGUCUGCACAAUGGGGUUGGUGUCAAGGCAUGGCUGUACCUGCCUGUGACAUGGUCUCAUCAGGGUCCGAUAUACUCUCUUGCUGGGUCCAUCUCCAUGGGCUGGAGCAACUGUAUAAACAGCUCCUGUAGGUCCUGGCGUCUCUUGAACUUUGUACAAGGUGGGAUCCCAAGCAUCCUGUAUCUUGUUUCUGCCUCGGGGAUGACUGUGUAGGUAGACAAACUGGCCUUUUUCAAUUGGUUGGGCAUUGGUACUCUUGUCGCUGGUGGCUUUCCGUGCAUCUGCUUGCUGUCUGAGGUGCUCCCCUGCUUUGAGGUAAGCAUCUCUUAAGCGGUCUUGGUGGGAGGCUAGCCAGUCUGUUUCAGGUGGAUCCUUUUCGUCUGCUCCAAGCAUUAGGUCUAGUGGUAGGCGGGGGUUACGGCCAAACAUCAGGUAAUACGGAGAAUAGCUGGUGGAUGCCUGAGGGACAACAUUAUAGGCAUAAAGAAGUUCUGGGAGGUACUCUGGCCACUUUCUCUUCUUUUCUGGUGGUAGUGAACGCAACAGGUUGUGCAUGGUUCUGUUAAAUCUUUCACAUUGGGCAUUGCCUUGCGGGUGAUAAGGAGUGGUACGCGACUUCUUAAUGUCGUACAGCUUACAGAGUUCGGUGAUCACUGCAUUUUCAAAACUUCUUCCUUGAUCGGAGUGGAUUCUCAGAGGGACACCAUACUUAAAAAACCAUUCCUUAAGGAGUACUUUAGCUGUGGUGCUCGCCCGCUGGUCUCUGGUAGGAACUGCAUGUGUAAAUUUUGUGAAAACAUCUGUCAUCACCAACACGUUCUCCCUGCCAUCUGUGGCUGGUUCCAACAAUGUGAAGUCGAUCGCAAGAACUUCUAGGGGUUUAGUAGCUAAGAGGUGUCCCAUGGCUGGUCUAACACGUGGCAAUGGUUCUUUUGACAAGGUACAUCUUUCACAUUUCUUUAUCCAUGCUUCUACAUCGCUAUGUAUUCCCGGCCAGUAGCAACGGUCUCUAAUCAGAUGUAAUGUUCGCUCGGUCCCUUGGUGGCCCAUACCAUCAUGUAGGCUGGUAAGUACUUUCUCUUUCAGUUUCUGGGGAAGGAUCAACUGUUUUCGUUGGCCGCAAUGGGGAUCUUGAAUGACUCGAUACAGUAUGCCAUUUUCCUCUUCAACCUUGUCCCAUUGGUUGAGCAACGUAACUGCAUCUCGUGUUUCUCCUCUCCUUUCUUGGGGUGUGGGUUUGCGGUUGGUUUGCCUGUAGUAGUGGAGGCGACUGAUGACGGGGUCUGCAAUCUGCAUGUCUCGUAACUCAGCUGGACUGUGAGAGGGUAGGCUGGUGAAUGUUGUCUCUGGGGUACUUGUGCUCAGUUGUUCUUGGGAGGUGUAGGUCGUCACCAACUCUCUCAGCUCGACUGGAACUGGGGUGGAUUGCGUGACGCUAAUGUUUUCCAACUGAAUCUCAGCUAAAUCGUCAGCAUGCGGGAUUUCCUUUUCAUGAUUUCCACGUGCUACUCUUGAAAGGGCAUCUGCGUUCCCAUUAGCUCUACCAGGGCGGUACUUCAUCUUAAAGUUAAACAAGGCUAAUUCAGCUGCCCAUCUCUGUUCCACUGCUCCUAACUUGGCUGACUGAAGGUGACUUAGGGGAUUGUUGUCUGUGUACACCACGAAUUCUGUUCCUAACAGGUAACUUCUGAACUUCUCUGUGACAGCCCACUUCAGCGCUAGUAACUCUAGUUUACGGGAACUAUAAUUCUGCAUGUUUUUCUCUGGAGGUCUGAGCCGACGACUUGCAUAAGCGAUAACUCUACGUGUACCAUCUUGUUCCUGGGAUAGCACAGCUCCUAAUCCAUCAUGGCUAGCAUCUGUCUCCACAAUAAAAGGCUUGGUGUAAUCUGCGUAACCAAGUACUGGUGCAGUUGUGAGCUUCUCACGCGGGAUGUCAAAUGCUUCUUGGCACUCUUGGCUCGGUCUCUCUUUAAAUGGGCACAAAAGUUUCCUGUUAACUUCGAGUUCAUGAAGUGAAUUGUUCACUAGCUGGUGAAGGGGUCCUGCUAUCUUGGCAAAGCUUUCAAUGAAUCUUCGAUAAUAACUUGCAAAGCCUAAGAAGGUUCUGAGUUCCUUAACCGUUUGGGGAACUAGCCACUCUUGUACGACUGCUAUCUUCUGGGGGUCUGGGGCAAUACCAGCACCGGAUACUUCGUGUCCCACGUAGGUUACUCUUCCACGCAGGAAGGUACACUUUUCCAACUUCAAUUUCAAACCAUGUUCUCUCAGGCGUUUAAGGACCAUUUCUAGUCUCUCAAGGUGCUCUUCAAAGGUUUUCGAGAAGAUCAAGAUGUCAUCCAAGUAAACAAGCAAAAUCAGGAAGAUCUGCUCAUUUAGGCAAGCCUGCAUAAGCCGAGCAAAACACGCGGGUGCGUUACAGAGUCCAAAAGGCAUCCUUUUGUACUCAAACAGACCAAAGGGGAUUAUGAGUGCAGUCUUCGCUUUGUCUUCUUCAGUUACUCCUAUCUGGUUGAAACCACUUGCCAAAUCCAGGGUAGAAAACCAGCUUGCUACCUGCAGUGCAUCGAAGGAUUCUUCAAUCCGAGGUAAGGGAUAAGCAUCUUUAACUGUUUUUGCGUUUAACUUUCUGUAACCCACACACAUGCGGAGGCUACCAUUCUUCUUCCGUACAAGUACUAUUGGGGAGGAAUAGGGGCUGUGGCUCUCUCGGAUGAUGCCUUGACUUAGGAGUUUCUGAAUGUGUUCUUUUGCUUCUUGGUACUGACCGGGGGGUAUUCUUUGGAAAGGCUGAUUUACAGGGAUGUCAUCUGUGGUGAAUAUCUUGUGCUUUACUGUUUCGGUGUAGCCUAGUUCAUCAUCAUCAGUAACAAACAUGUCCUUGUACCUGGCCAGGAGCCCAUCAAGUUUUGCUUGCUGCUCAGAGGUGCAAUGCAUGUCUUCAGGGGGAAUGGGUGUAGACUUCGGGGAAUCUUCUUUCUUGGGGGAUUCUUCGGGCUUGGGUUGUAUGACUACUUCACUGGCAGAGACUUGUGUGAAGGUAACUGCCUGGUUGUCAUCCUGGACACCUGCUACUGCAUGCAUUAUACCAAUUCUCUCACGGGGGCGAAGCCAAACGUCCUCUUGUGCUAUGUUAGCAACUUGUACUUUGACACGUCCACGACUGACUGAUGAGAGGGUGCUCAUGAUUACCAGUCCAUGACAUGACAAAUCUCUUAGGGGCUCGAUAAGGACAAUUGCAUCUUCACCAGGCUGCGAUCCUCGAUAACCAGUGGUAUCUACGGUUGUGACCAUUCCAGCUGGGAUCCUAACAUCGCUUUUGCCUGCAAUCUUCGCAAAUCCUCUAACUGACGUCAUAGCUUUCCCUGCAACUUGGAGUGUAUUAGACCAAGCAGAGUCUUCUAGGAGUUUGGGUUCUUUAAUCUCUUGAUUCAUUCUUUGUAUAAUGUUCAUUCCAAUCAGACCUGGCACAGCUUCUUUACGGGCUCUUGACUGGGGAUCCGGGGGGUCUCGUACCACGAGAAUACCUCUCUGAGGGAUGGUUACACCUUGUGCUUCAAAGUCUAGUUCCAGGUAACCAGUGUAUGGUAUUUCCAGGCUAUUAGCAGCUGUAAGGGUAAGCCAUUGGUUUGUGUCAAGCAGUUUGCUUCUUCUAGGGCGGAAGUGCUUAUUAAAGAAACUCUCAGUGAUGGUGGAGACUUGUGAUCCAGAAUCAAGAAGACAGCGUACAUGUACUCCCCCCAGCUUCACAGUAGUGACUGGACAACUUCCAACUGCUCUCUCAUACACAAUUCCAGGUAACUGUGGGGGACAAGGUGAGCCAGGACUGCUCCCUCCUGCCGCCUGACUCUCAGCAGCAGGGGGGGCUAGUUUGACGGGUUAGGUGGAGGCCUGGGGGUGAGGUUCCGGAGGGACGGGGGUCUACUUCGUGCUGUGCAAUUCUGGGCAAAGUGUCCUGGUGCUCCACACUGAUAACACCUGUCGCCACCUGCGUCAGGUCUAGGCUGACGCUGCUGGAACUGGGGCUGAGGCUGUAUAUUCUGUCCUCUGUGGGUGGGCACUGUAUUCAGCUUCUUGAGAUUGGCUGCUAGGUCUUCGAUAGCCUUUUGCUGGCCUUGCAAGGUUUUAAUCAUCUCAUUCAUGGCUGAUUCAAUGGAAGAGGGCUUAGUGGAGGUAUUGGUCUCAUGCGACGAAGCCACCCUGGGGCGCGGUCCACAGGACUUCUCGUCUUCUUCGGCCCAUCGAAUAGCUUCCUCUCUGGUGUCUAGAAAGGAAAUUUCUGGGUGGGUUCUAAUAAACUUCUUGAGUUCCUUUCGAAGGAGGGGAUCUCUAACAUUUUCGGCGAAGUGGUCUCGAAGGGCUGCGUCUUGGCCACUUGAUUUGGUCACACUUUUCUUUUGUAUCUUGGCUUGCAGUUCUCUCAGGGCAUGGGAGAAUGCACGAAGGGUUUCACCUUCCCUCUGUCGGCGGUCGUAAAAAGCUUUUAAGAGCUGGGGAACAGAAUGCUUCUCGCCAAAAGACUCUUGAAGGAGGUCGAAGAUCUUAUCUAAAUUCGUAAGGUCACUUUUAGGGUAGAGCUUCAUUUCUUCUUUAGCGGGGCCCUCUAGGUAUGAGAGUACAAAAUUCGCCUGCUCUGGGAGGGGGAGUCCUCUUGAGGUGAUUGCGCUUUUCGCAUUAUCAAUAAAAUCCUCUAUGGACAGUUCAUUAUCACCAUGUCUUCCACUAAACUUCUUCAAUUUUUGUUCAUUGGGGAUCACCACUAACUGCUUUUCCUGGGGUUGGGAUGGGGCUGGAGCUCCUGGGGAUUCCUUAGCUUGGAGGGUUGUCAGGAGUUGAUAUGUCUGGUUGUGUUCCUCCUCCAAUUUUUGGAGCUUCUGUUUGAGUUGCUCCACCUCACCCUCCAUAUGGGACGUGACCUCUAUUGCCCUUUUCUACUCCUAGUGCUUUAUUGUAUUUCUAAGAUUUUGGAAGCCAAAUAAUAUUCGCUACCCCACUCCUGGUACCAAAAUGUGACCGAGCCGCGCGAGUAGGGGAGGUAGCGAAUGACAACCAAUGAAAGACAAAAUGCGUACAAAACAAACAAGAAUUUAAUGGCCAAUUAGUGGGAAAGAAAUACAAUAAAAAACAAAUACUAGGAAAACGAAUAAAGCAACAAAAAGGGAAAGAAAAUGGGCGAUGAAAAGGGCAAUAGUGCCACUCCAGCGAGGGGAGAACUCUACAAAACUAUGUCCUACGGCUUGACUAGUGAACGCGGCAACUGGAACUGUAGUAAUGCGAAGAAACGCUACGUGCAGGCGUAUUUAUAUCGCGCGGAACACAAACAGCUCGCAUCCUGUUAUUAGCAAUACAAUUGGACAACUAUAGCUAGGUAAGCCACAAAACAGUGAAAUCUUCCUUUUGGCAAUACGCCUGUUUGCGAAACACUAUUAUCGCUUUACCGCAGAAUACAUACGUGUUCUGUUAAUACAGUAGGAGGAAACAAAUGGAGAGUUUCGCGGUUAACUACAGCAAUGGCGGCAAAUUAAAGCGAGUUAAAAUCAAUUAAUUUCUUUCCUGUUUAUGGGUGUAAAGGCGGAGAAAUCACAGAGCUAGAUAAAACACGGCUAACCACAAAGCACAACUAAAGAAACGCGUACCGUGGGAAAACGAUAAACGGAACUGCAAAAAUAAUACCGAAAAGAAAAUGCUUUGUGAGCUAAUUAUCGAGCUCGGUUACAUUUACAGCUACAUGUAUUUCAAGAAAGGUUGUCGGAGAAAAUGUGCACGUUUGACAGUCCUGAAAGGUAGCACGGGAUAUGAUCAAAUUAUACACUGUUCCUGACAACAGUAGCUGUUGAACCUACUUUUGUUGCUUUCCUUUAGCACUCGCAAACAUGUUAUGUCCAUGGCCUCUUGUGCCAUUCUUUCAAAUUUCUUUGAAGAACAUGUACAGUGAACUCAAAGCCACCCACAUAUACCUUUCGGGAUUGUCGCGUGCACUUUUUGUGACAAUCUUUCUCAAAAUAGCUGAUGUUUAUUAAAUUUGCUGCAUUUUUCUAUACUGAAUUAUACAUAAACGAUUGAUUGGAGGACAGCAUUUUAAGUAAUGUUUUCCUUUGGAUAAAAUACAGAAGGAAAGUUAAAUUCUGCUAAGAUCUUAUUUAUUUGUCCUGUUUUGUAUUAUUUUAUUUAUGCUGUUUAUAGCUGCCUUUUAAAAUCACUAUUAUCAUUUUCUGCCUGCCCAUUUGCAGGGUAAAUAAUUCUGUUUAUGUUGUCACAUAUUGAUCAACCCUGGCUGUGACGUUCACUUAAGGGGAUCUAUUUGCAUAAAUUGAUCUCUCUUUGUAUUGAAAUUUAAUUUUUAAUCAUUUUUUGUUGUUUUUUCCAGGCCUGUUUGCUGCAGCACAUGAUCUUAAGAUUGAAUGGGUGAUUGUAAAAGGUAUUUCUCACUUUGCCGAUGGUAACAACCCUGCAGAAAAGUCUUGGGAGAGUCACGCAUGCAUAAUGGCGGCUUCUCUUGUGUCCAACAUGUUGAAGGAUUCAUUUGUGUUUCAGCAAUGGCCUCAUUAUGAAGGUAGGUGACAUGUCCUUUAAUUAAACCAUAUCAUAAUUAAUUUUUCGUGCAGUAGAAGUGUUUAUGGUUAAGUACUGAGGUUGAUUUAAAAAUACUCAGCCUUAACUUUCAAACCUAAUUAUUAAUCACAAUAAACUUAAAAAAGGAUAGAGUUCAACGUUUUCUUUGUCAACUCACAACUGUUGGAAACUAUAACAUAGGUAAAAGAAAAAUUAUGGGAAAAAUGUGAAGAAAUUGGUCGGGAGGACAGGAGGGAGAUGUUUCCUGAUAAAAUCGACCGGCUGCUCAUCAUACUAUUUUAGGCAGUAAGAUUUCUGGGUUGCUACUCGGCAAGUGCAUACUUAGCGACCUUAAGUCUAAACUGACCCUUGUUUAAUUAGAACUUCACUGGUAUCUGUUAGGGGCCUGUAAGGUUGGGUGGGAAUUAUUUUGUUACUCAAGUAAUUUUUAGUACCUCUUAGGCAUUAAAAUUAAUUUCCUACAUGCCCACAAAGCUAGAUUCUGUUACUUUCUAGGGGUUCUUUUGGUUAUUUUUUUCUACAAAACCCCUGUUUUUGUUUUGUUUCGUUUUGUGUGUUUGUUUGUUUCUGUUGUUGUUGUUUUUUAAGCUCCCCAUUUAUAUCUAUAGAGGGGUAUCUCCUCCUUUUGGUAUCUCCCAGGGGUUAAAGUGAAUUUCUGCCAUGCCGACAAAGUAAGAUUCUGCUACCCUCUAGGGAUGAUUUUUAUUAUUAUUAUUUUUUUAUAUUUUUUUUUUACAAGCACCCCUGUUAUCUUUAAUUUCUUUUUUUGUAAAGCAGUUCUGUUAUUUUUAAAGGGGAGUAUCUCCUUCUCCUUUUGGUACCUUUUGUAGAGCUUAAAAUGAAUUUCUUCCAUGCCCACAAAGCAAGAUUCUUGUACCUUCUAGGGAUACUUUUUGAAUUUUUUAUUUCAGUAGCACCUCAGUCGUUUAAUAGGGUAGUAUCUCCUUCUCCCCACCUUCCCCAUCAUGCCCUGAGGACACUAGCAACCAACUUUAGAGGGAUUUCACUCAGGGCCAACAGGCAUGGAUCUCCCCUGGCUGCUAUGAGCAUGACCCUUGGUUACUUUCAUAGGAAAUAAUACGAAAAUAGGACCGAAAGAAUUUCCAGGAUGUUCUAUUCCCUACUUGGCAACUUGAAACCAUAGUGGCAGCCCUGAACCCUAACCAGUAAGCUCUCUGCAUUGCAGGUUUUAUUUUCUGAUUUGAGAUCAUUCUAGAACUCUACCCUUUGGUUGGUUGAUAGCUAUGGUUUUGGAAGGGCCGGGAAACUUAUCGUAAAAUUCUGAAAAUAAGCCCCUCCAUGUAUAAGCCCCUCCAAAUAUAAGCCCUCCAAACCAGUAACGCAAAAAACCCUCCGUUAAAUCGCCCCUCCAAAUAUAAGCCCCCCGGGGGCUUGUACUUGGAAAAUUGCCCUCAAAUACAAAUUAAAACAAAGCAAAAAUGGUAAAUUUACUUCAAACUUUAAGUCUAGCCCAAUCAAUUUUGAAACGCAAAUUUCCCUCCGUAGAUAAGCCCCUCCAAAAAUAAGCCCCUCAAAAAGGGCCUUUGAAAAAUAUAAGCCCUGGGGCUUAUUUUCGGAAUUUUACAGUAUUUGGGGACUUAUUUUCUGUUUUGAAAAUGUUUUUGAACUUCAACUGUUCACUAGAUACCUUUCAGAAUCAACUCAGUGUGCAGCAGAAAUUCUGCAUAACCAAGUUUAAAACAUAAAUUUAUUGUUUAAAAUUGUGCACACUGCAACCAGACAUCAUUUAGUGAAUUAAAAUGUCAGUAUCACCCACAAUUCAGUAAAAGCUAAGAUGUAAGCUUUCAGUCCCAAGACAAGCUGCUCAGUGCUUUUUGUUAUUGAAACUAUUCAGACCCAGAACCUAAAAUGUGAGUAGUAAAAAAACUGACAGAUUUAUAAACAUUUUCCCCAAAUACUUUAGAAUAACUGUUGUUUUAAAUGUCUCACUUCAAUUUUUAUUUUACUUUGUUUAACUCACAGACCCAUCAGCAGGGAAACAGCCCUCUAGCUCUAUGGCCAAUAAGAAGGAGUUACCAGGUACUAUUAUAUCCAAUAAAGCUGAAAUGGUACCAGACAUAGAGUAGAUAGAAACGCUUAUUUUAAUAUGAAAAUGACUUUUAUUGUUUGUUGUAUUGUAAUAGAAAAUGAUCUUUAUUCUCGCAGUUGUUUAUAUUUAUUUCAGAAAUAAGUAGCAAAGAAGAAGUAUGAUGUGAUACUUCAAGCGUCAAAUUCUUCUUCUCAUUCAAUUUUUCUGUUAUAAUUUUGCCAAGGUAUUUUUAAUCUGCGUUAAUCCUCGAGGCCAGUUAUAAAAAAUAAGAAUUAUUUUUAGCACUCGACCACAAACUUCACUAACAGCUUUGGAGAGGUAGCCCUCUACUGGUGUCUCCUCCCUGAACCUCUUUUUGUGGGGUAACGCCCCUUUACACUUGCUUUACUGAUGCAGUCUUCAAAGAUAUUUACAUAUAAAUGUUACUCGGACAAGGUUGCGCAUCCCGCCAUAUUCAUAAUUUGUAAUUGCAAUAAUGAAUAAUUCUUUAUUUAGCUCAUGGUGAAAUUACAUUUUUAACUUUUUUCCAACUGAAAUUUGUGCCAGGUUAUAACUUUAUAAUAUAAGAGAAAUAAUAAGUGCGAGCUUGGAAGCUAAAUAAACUGUUAGAUUUUCUAGUUAGCUCCCCAUCCAUAUUAAAGUCAGUGUGUAAGCAGGUGAAAAAGAAGAAAAUAGAAGAGAUAAAUGAAUUAAUAAAUUAAAAUAAAUUAAUAAAUUAAAUUAAUAAAGUGCGUUCCUUCUACGUUUGACCAUAGUGUUUAUAUUGCUACACUAUAUUAUGGUGUUUUAGAGCCCUGAUAUAUACAUACACUGUUACUUGCAUUUCUGUUGGUGUAUAAUGAGUUGAGGAUAAUUUGUUUUUAAAUAUGGAAAUUUUAUUGAUAUUUGGUGAUCUGAUCAGUUUAUAUGAAUAAGGGCCUAUAUUUUUGUGCAUCAACUACCUCCCUUUAACUUUCCUCGCCUAUUAAGAUAUCAAGUCGUUAAUGAACAAUUCUUUAAAAAAAAAGGAACGUAAAAUUGUCUUUAACAGAUUCUCUCUGCCUCGAGGAGUUCCAGAAACAGCUGCGAUCAAUUUAUGAAGACAACAGCACAGUCAAAAUCGUUCCGUGGGACCAAAGCUCUGCCGUUCACAUUGACAAAGUUUACACCCAGUUGUCUUGGCUCAUGGAUUUGAAGGAUCCCAGCGGAGUAACACAGAAGGAGCUUGAACACUAUACCGACAUUUUUGACGGCGGAAGACUUCAUCAUUUGCCUAAGCGUAUUUUGGUUCACGGACGACCGGGUAUCGGCAAGACCGUUUUUACGCAGAAAGCUACAUUCGACUGGUCCCGACACAGAUUUAAAGGAAAGUUAGGAAGAUUUGAUCUCGUACUUUUGGUCAAAUUACGCGAUGUUUGUAACCUCAACGAUCUCCCAGUCAUUCUGAGGGAUGCUAAUCUUCUUGCGAGUGAUGGCCCAAUUUCCACUGACAACCUGUACGAUUACGUUCGUCACCACCAACAAAAAGUGUUGCUUAUUUUGGACGGCUACGAUGAGUAUGUACACAGCGCAGCAAGCCAAUCACCUGUUCUUCAAAUCUGGGAGAAAAAGCAGUUGAGGAAUUGUUGUGUUAUUAUAACGUCUAGAGACAUGAAAGGAGAGGGAUUGAAAAGUUCCUGCGAUGCUCAAUUUGAGAUCGACGGUUUUGACCGUGAGCGACAAGAAGAGUUCGCCCGUAGAUUCUUGAAAGAUGAUCAAGAUAUUGAAGAGUUUUUUGAAUACUUGGAGCAAAAAGACCUGGAAGAUGUAGCAAAAAUACCUAUUUUGCUUUUAAUGUUGUUGUUGGUUUGGAAAGAAAAGGAUCGUGAAGGACUACCUUCAUCACGGGUGAUGGUGUACUUCAAGUUUCUACAGACUAUGUUUAAUCAUAUGUCUGAAAAACAAAAAACAGAGGCGGAAGAAGUUGAGAACCACAUUCAAGAACUCUGUAAAGUAGGAGAACUAGCAUUUGACUCGCUUCUACAAGAUUUACUUUACUUUCCUCUCAGUAAACUGCCGGAUCGCGUUUUGACUGAGAAACUGAUCGAGGCCGGGUUGUUUCAGCUGCUAAACGUGUCCGCUCUUAACCCCAGCAAAGACGUUCACUUCAUUCACAAAUCCAUGCAGGAGUUUGUGGCUUCUUUAUUUCUAAAAGAAGAACUGUUAUCUCAAGAAAGUAAAAACAAUUCUCUUUUCAAAGUGGACUCAAUUGAAAAGAUCUUCAAGUUGAAUGAAGUUUUUAAAUUUGUUGCUGAAAUGUCAGAAGAAGCCGCGCGCGAGAUCUUGAUUCAUCUGUUGGAAAUGGCGGCGAAGGAAGACGGAGAGUACAGCUUCGACAACGAAGCACCGUCAGUCAACGAUUUGUCAGAAACCCCCAAAAAUCUUUUAACUAUAUGUACACAGUUAUUCUUCUACUGUUCAGCAGACACGAGAACAGAACUUUUCCCCACUUUUCUUUCUAAUCUAGGAGGUGUUUUGUUCAUUUUAAAUCCUGACCAGCUGAAUAUUGCAGCAAAGGAAAAUUUUGUUAAAACUACCGCUUCACUUAUGUACAUAUUUUUCUCUGAAAGCGGCCAAUAUACAGAGCAAAGUUAUAAUAAUUUAAUAACUUUAGCAAAGCAAUUAAACGCUGUUAUAGUUAGUAGAACAGGAGAACAGAAAGCAUCAGAAUUUUUGAAUGUAUUUCCAUGGCGUAGUGUUGACGAGUUUUUUUUAAUGAAAGAAGAAAACAACACUCACCUUUAUUUUACUCAAAUUGUAAAAGAUACACAUCCUGACAUUCCUUUUCCUUUUAAAAUGGUAAAGACGUUAGUUAGUUUAGAAGAGACAACAAAGAAGACAAACAUGAAUGGUGAUGAGUCAAGUGAAGAGAGCAGCAGCAGCUGUUGUUCAAAGCGUCAUGGUGUCUCCAGGGUUCGGACGAUUAGAGCUGACUGGGUGAACAGGUCAGAUGUGGAACAGCUGAUUGAGAUCAUGCCGUUUAUCACCGCUCCACACGAGAUACAGGUUUGGGGUGAAUACGGUGAAGUGUUUGAUGCUGAGGUAACAGAGUCUCUACUGAGGAGCAUCCCAACAACACACAAACUGGAGAUAUUAACACUCUUCAAAAUCAAUGUAACAUCAUCACCUGCUGUGGAGUUCAUCAGCAGAGUAUUCAAACAAGAUCUUCCAAACUUGAAGUAUCUCAACAUGUCAUCCAAUCCUCUUCUGGGUGCAGGAGUCGACAGUUUGAUAAAACAUCUCAGCUGCGCUCCUCACCUGGAGAGACUGAUGCUUGAAGGAGUGAAGAUGACUCCACAGCAGGUGAUGAAUCUCACAUCAGCUGUACAGCAGCACGGAAACAUCGCUUCACUGUGGUCAUCCUACCACGUAAGUUUUCCAAUUUUAUCGCAAUUUGUUUCUUUAUUCUUUGUUUACAGUUUAGUUCUACUCAGCUCUUGCCUUUCGCCAUUUUCCUUUCUUUGUCAUUUUUACACUCGACAAAACACAAGAUUUGCUUUUGAAAUCAAAUCACAAACUUUAGCAGAUUCAAAGUAUCAUUUCAAAUUCAUUUCUUUCAACUGAUUAAACUAACUUCAUAAAAUGUUUUAACUGAGAACGUUAAGAACAAGUAACUUCAGCUGAUAUUAAAACAUGGAGUUGAACACAAGAACAGAAAUUUCGUAUCUUCAAGCACCCAUAAGAUGAUAUUAUUGGGUGAAAACAAGAACUUUUAGCAAAAUAAAGGCAAAUAAUUUCCACAGUAUUAAUUUCUGAAUCAAUUUUAAUUCAUAACUUUUCAUAAAGUAACAAACAACAAUCAUAAAAGCAAAUGAAAGAUGUUCAGUUCAUGUUCAAUUCAAACAAAUGAGCAAAGAGUAAACACAUUGAACUCACAGUUUCACAGUUUAUCGUCCAGGGUUCCCAUAAAAUCAGUUUAAGUCAAGUGAAGUUCCUUUGAAAGUCCAAAAAACAAACAAGUCUUCUUUAUAGCUGUUCCUUUGUUAGUUCUUGAGCGUUUCUUUGGUAAAUACUGGUCCUUGCAGUUCGGUGAAGCGUUGGUUUUUGAAAUAACAACCCGCACAAAAAAAUUGUAUCUUCGAGACAACGGUUGAAAGCAACACCAAAAAAAAUUUCCUUACAGGUAAACACUUCGCUGUUCUCCACUGUAUAGCAUAAGUGUCCAUUGCAUGAUUUUCAUUGCGUAAAUAGCAUAAGUUUGUUUUCAACUUUCCAAGAACACUCGCCAUGCAAAUCAAAUCCUGCGGAGCUUUAGACUUUUGUGAAAUAUCCUUAUAAAUGAUGUUUCCUUGAGCUUCGAACAACUCCUUAGCAUAUUCCUGAGUAAAAAGAGAUGAAUCGGUCAAUCCCUGUCUUGUGUAAAAUAAUUUCCUGGAUGUUUUCUUAUUAAAUUUUGAGUUCAUCCUGAACAGUUUGCCGUUGAAGAGCGAACUGAACAAACUACAAAAACAACAAACGAUGAACGAUGUCAUUCAAAGCUUAGUGACGCGGCGGCAGCUGAUUGGUUAAAUCUACCUCGGAUAAUUUUUCACGUGAUGACAUUUUCCCGCCUUUUGUUUUAUUACGUAACAAAUUCCCGCCCGCACAAAAAUACACUGUGAUCUGCGAAUUUUGUAAGGCUAAAUAUAUUUUCAAAAGAAAAGAAAAAGGAUUUGCUAAUUUUGAUUUUGAUUCCACUAUUUUGAAUGCGAAUUUCUUGUUCAUGCGCCUUGAGAAAGAUAAUGUUUCUCUUUCCAAUUCCGCCAAGUGGGGUGAGGGGGGGUAAAUCUCCCUCCUCUCUAAACUUUCUUUAAAUAUUGGGGACGGGUAACACUCGUUUCUUGAACUUAGUCGUAAAGGAAGUGUUUGACCUUCAGCGCUUCGCCUCUACACCAACAUACCACAUAAAGAAGGCAUAACCACGGUGUGUUUAGUGCAGUUCUGCCCCCCCCCCCCUCUCUCUCUCUAUGUCACGCAACGCCGGAGGGAGAGGGUCCUCCCCCACAUCCCUUAUCAUCACGCAAGAGAAGUCAAAAUCUUCGCUAGGAAAAAUUUCUCUCAGCAAAUAACUGUAAAGACGCUUAAAAAUAGUUUGUCAGUUGUUAUUAAAACAUUACCCUUGGGCUCGUAUAAUUUUUGACAAGGUGCCGCGUUCAAAUCCUGCUCAGUAGCGCUUCUUUUUUCCCUCUGUCUUUCUCUUUUGUUUUUUCGUUUUUGUUUUGUUUGCUUAUUUGUUUUGUUGUUGAUGUUUUUUAAAUAUAUACCUUCUAGAGCAAAGAUAGUAUUUUUAUGGAUAAACAAUCUAAAUUUCUAUCGUUUCCUACAAUUUUCAUUCCUGUUUUGUUGCAAUAUAUUCUACAAAACUAAAACAGUAGCCACAUGCAGUCACAAACUGCCUUUUAUUUUAUAGGCCAAGUUUUGAGUGGUGAUCUUUGGUUUCGGCACACGAGGCUUGUCUUGAACUUAGUACAUCUUGUCAAAGUUAUUGUCAUAUAAACAACUGUCUUUCGUUGGUCAGUGUAAUUGCAUUGUACUUAAAAUGAAGGUUUUGAAAUGUGUACACAUCCACACUUUAUUAAAGGGAGAUGGGUGGUUUUAAGUAUUGUUUUGUAUUUUGUUGCAGGAUGAUAAAGGAAACCCCGAACCUGAGAACUACUGGAAAAGAAUGUACCCUCACCUCUUUCCUGAUUCAUCACCUGAAUCAGCGCAUGAACAGGAGCAGGUUAGUCAUCACUCACCUAUUUUUGUGAAAGUUUAUUUAUUAAUAUUAGUAAGACUUUCAGUGUUUGUGUGA